AUACACCAUUAUCAGAUUUUACUCAUGAUGAUAUUACUCAUAAUGAUAUUACUUAUAAUGAUAUUACUCAUGGCGAUAUUACUUACAACAAUAUUACUCACAAUGAUAUUACUCAUAGUGAUAUUACUCAUAACGAUACUACUCACGAUGAUAUUACUUAUGAUGAUACUACUUAUGAUGAUAUUGCUUACGAUGAUAUCACUUAUGAUAAUAUUACUUAUAAUGAUAUUACUUAUAGCAAUACUACUCACGAUAAUAUUACUUACAAUAAUAUUACUCACAGCAAUACUACUUAA